UGGAAAAGGAAAAAAUCUCAGCGACAACCGAAUCACAAGCGGAAAAAAACCCUUGCGGCCCGUGCUGCUUCUGCUGGAGAACGAUCCUCCGGAUUUUCUUUGCUGCUCUUCCACCUUCGUUGACUGGAGUGCUUCGAUUCUUAUCCGGUAAAAAGGAAGCAAGAUCGAGAAAGGGACCAUGGAGCACACCGAGGAAGCGGAUAUUAAGGGUUCCGUCUCGCCCCCUCCCACAGAUACCACUGAAGCCGCCGCCGAAGCGGAGAGCGAUGUAGUCGAACGCGACCGCUAUUCUCGCGAGAUCAAAGCUGGUCUCCAUCCUUUGAAGCAUAAGUUUGUGUUUUGGUAUUCUCGCCGAACUCCUGGAGUACGUUCACAAACAUCAUACGAGGAUAACAUAAAGAAAAUUGUGGAAUUUAGUACGGUUGAAGGGUUUUGGGUUUGCUAUUGCCAUCUAGCACGACCUGCCUCACUACCAAGCCCAACAGAUGUCCAUCUUUUCAAAGAGGGUAUUAGGCCUCUGUGGGAGGAUGCUGCAAACCGUAAUGGUGGUAAGUGGAUAUUGCGAUUCAAAAAGGCCGUUUCAGGUCGUUUUUGGGAAGAUUUGAUAAUGGCACUAGUUGGUAACCAACUUGACUUUGGUGACGACGUUUGUGGUGCUGUGUUGAGCAUCCGUCUCAACGAGGACAUUUUAAGUGUUUGGAACCGGAAUGCGUCAGACCAAAAGGGUGUGAUGGCUCUGAGGGACUCCAUCAAGCGGCACCUAAAACUGCCACAGAGCUACUUAAUGGAGUACAAACCUCAUGAUGCUUCUCUACGUGACAACUCGUCCUAUAGGAAUACUUGGUUAAGAGGAUAGGCAUCGUAACCUCAUUGUUUGCCUGAUUAUGGAGCACUCAGAACAAUUCUCUUCUACAGCUUUAAUCUAAAAAUGUUGGUACUGUUUGUGACAGAUGAUUUCCAAUAACUGGGACCUUGUUUUCUUCUGGAUUAAUCUUUGGUGUUUGAUUCCA